CAAACCAGUUCAUGCCAGGCUGGGCGGAGAAUUUUUGCAUCAAGCCGAGGCAGUGCAGGGCUCUGCCGCUGGGAACAGGCGGAUUGGGGCGAGAGCGAUUCCAUCGUGGGUGAUUUUCUAGUAGACCCCAUAAUGUAUAGGGGUAGGUAGGUAGGUAUAUAAGUCCAGCCCUCGGGGCUGCUAACACUAUCAUCGCGGUUCUUGUCUUCACCUCCCCUCCACCCACUCCGACGCUCGUUUCUUUCUCCCUUUGCUCCUCGCCAUGAUGAAGUUCUUCGCGUUGGUCAGCCUCGCCGCUGGCGUCGUGUCGGCGGCAGCUGAUGUGCCCAUCGGCUCCUACAUCCCCGUCAAGGCGCCGUACGACAACCUAUGGAGCGACAUCACCAACGAGGAGAAGAGCGCCAUCCUCAAGUACAUCGAGGGUGAGCAGGGUAAAUCCAUCCACCAACUCAACUUUGUCUGGGGCACGGUCUGGGGCCUUCCUCCGAACAAGACCGAGGCAACCCUGUACCUGUCGGGCCAGGGCCCAAAGCCGAAGCGGUAUGCUCGGAUCAUGGGCGGCGGCGAUUGCAUGGACCGCGAGUACAUGGUCGGGCCGCUCCCCGUCACCAACGAGACCAGAGCCACGCCCCUCGACUACAUGUACCGCGGGAACGCAACGCUGGUGAGCAAAUCCUCGUGGUGUGCCCCGCAGAGCUCCGCCAAGCACCGCCGCGAGGCCGCCGAGGAGGCCCGCAAGAACAGCAGGGAGCAGCGCAUGGCACUGGAGCGUCGCGACCCUAAGAGCCCCUACGACGAGAAGAUGGGCUGGAACGGCGACAAGCUGCCGCACGACGAGCUGGAGCCGCCCGUGGCCAUCCUGCCCGGCGGGGCGCGGCACGAGUUCGACCCGGAGCAGAACUACGUCCGGUGGAUGGACUUUUCCUUCUACGUCGCGACGGGCCGCGCCGGAAUCACGGUGCACGACAUCCGCUACAAGGGCGAGCGGGUCGUGUACGAGCUCGCGAUGCAGGAGGCGCUCUCGCACUACGCCGGCCCCGACCGGGCCCAGACGUACGCGUCCUACAUCGACGUCGCCGUCGGCUUCACCGCCUUCAACCUGAUCCCCGGCUUCGACUGCCCGUCCUACGCCACCUACACCAAGGCCUUUUGCCUGUUCGAGUUCCCCAAGGACUUCCCUAUGAGCCGCCACUUUGACCGGAAGAACAGGAGCUACGACGCGACCAAGAACACGGCCUUCAUCCUGCGCAGCGUCAGCACCGUCGACAACUACGACUACAUGACCACGUACGAGUUCCGCCACGACGGCUCCAUCGAGGUCCUCGUGCGCGCCUCGGGCUACAUCCAGGGCUCCCGCGCCGUCGACGAGAAGGACGCGUGGGACUACGGGUUCCGCAUCCGCAAGGACCUCUCGGGCUCCAUGCACGACCACGUCCUCAACUUCAAGGCAGACCUCGACAUCCUCGGCACCAAGAACAGCCUGUUCAAGACCCAGUUCGUCCCGCACCAGGAGGUCUACCCCUGGUCCAACGGCGAGGUGGUCAACACCAUGAAGGUCGAGCGCAGCUUCGUCGCCAACGAGGACCAGGGCAAGAUCAACUGGGCGCCCAAUGCGGCCGCGUCCUACUCGGUCGUCAACAAGGACAAGCCAAACGAGAACGGCGAGUACCCGGGCUACAAGAUCUACCCGUCCACCGGCUCCAGCAUCUACCUCACCAUCCAGAACUCGACCGUGUUCCCUCGCGAGAUCAACUGGGCCACGCACCACCUCUACGCCCUGCAGCGCAAGGACGGGGAGCCCGUGUCGGCGCACCCCGUCGUCGCCUGGGACAAGGGCAAGCCGCCCUACGUCGACUUCAACAACUUCUUCGACGGCGAGUCGCUGGACCAGGAGGAUCUCGUCGUCUACUUUAAUUUGGGCAUGCAUCACAUGCCCGACACCUACGACCUCCCAGUCACGGUUUUCCAGGGUGCCCAGUCCGGCAUGACCCUGCGGCCCCAGAACUACCGGCGCAGCGACGGCUCGGUGUCCACCAGGCAGCAGCUCCACCUCGGCUACCAGGUCGUCGAGAAGUACGGCAGGGAGGACCUCCAGGGGUCGUACGACCUCGCGAAGGCCAAUCCGCCUUUCUACCCGACUAAUUGAUCUGAUUUUGGUCGUUUAUCUGUUUGCUAGAGAGCAUCACGGCGUCAUGACUGAAAUUCGUUCUAUAGACUGGGUACAUUUAUACCGAUGCGGGUUUGGGUUGCAUACCACGAACUAUACAUAGAAGACGUGUUAAUCAUUAAACCAAUCGUCAUCCAUUCCAAAA